AUGCCCUCGCAAGAGGGCUCCCAGCAAUCUGUUGUCCUGGAGACUCCCAUCGCUUCAUCCUCCCCGCUGUUAUCACAAAUGACUCCUUCUACACACCAGGACAGAGAUCGCCCUAUAAUUCGCCUUAUCCCUCCUCCGCCCUUCAGCUCUACAGCCGCACACUCUUUCGCACCUUCGUCCUCCACUUCCGCCUCCACCAUGCCUACGCCCGUAGAUCCCAUGUCUGCUAUAUCACUAGCUGCACAACCUCACAGUCCUUCAAUAGAGGCUUAA